AUGGCGAUGAUGAUGACUGGCCGUGUGCUGCUGGUGUGUGCCCUCUGCGUGCUGUGGUGCGGUGCUGUUUUUGGACACGCGAUGGAGGAUUACUGCGGUGAGGGUGGAGGGGACGGUUUGAGGCACACGAGUAAUGGUGGCGAUGACGGCGUGUCUCUAAAGGCGGACUGCGUGUUGUUAUCGACUCGAAUGGCAUUAAUAAAGGCGGUUGAGGCUGCAGAAGCUGGGGAAGAUGAAUUGAGUGGUCCAGAAACAUCUCAGGAUGCGGAGGAGACAUUGCAGGAUAAUACGGAGCGCAGUGCAGCGGCUGGUCCAGGAAGAGAUGUUGUCGCAAUUCCACCACCAACAACACCGCCGAAGCCCGAAGAAUCAGGCACAAAAGGACAGCAGGGGAAGCCAGGGGUGUUGGGUCCAAAUGAUGGGGAACACACCGACAGUAAAAACAAUAGAAGUGAGCCUCAUCUCGAAAAACCAAGAACUGAUCAGUCUUCUUCAUCCUCUGGCAGCCUUGACCCUGAAAGUGCCAAAGAACUCUCUUUGAAAAAGGAAAACAAGAGUGAUGAAUCCUCCGAUGAGACACUGACGGAAGAAGAAGAAGAGCAUAUAAAUAAGUCUGACAGUCGUGAAUUGGUGCCAAAAAAACAGCUAAACGAAAUACAAGAACUAAGAAAAGGAAAAAUGAGUCAUGAGGCACCAACAGAGACACAUGGACGUCCAGCCAACGACGCAGAAAUACAAACGACAACACCACCGCCACCACCAGCAACAAUGAAUGGACAUUCCAGCACUGAGGAUUUACCACCCGUGCAACCGCUACAACGCGUUCAAGACGACCAUGAAGAAUCAGGGCCACCUUCACCCACGGCAAACGGUGAUGCCGCCAAUAAUGAAGCUGACAAUAGCACUGAAGAGGGCAUCCCGAACAGUGAUCAAGCAGCUGAUGGUGCAGGGACAGCAGAGGGAAAACAAAAUGAAAAUAAAGAUGCCAAUCCGAAAGAAACACCAGUGACGGCCGCAGCCAUGAAAAAUACAACGGCAACGACUGGCGACAGUGACGGCAGCACCGCGGUCUCCCACACCACCUCCCCUCUUUUGCUUCUUCUUCUUGUUGUUGCGUGUGGGGCUGCGGUGGUGGCCGUGUGA